AUUUUUUGUGCCGUUUUUUCCUUUUCUUUCUGUUUUUUUUUUUUUAAAGCCUGGAUGUCAUCGCAACAUUAACACAGCCCAGAUUGUGACUCCCUGCCUCCCCCCUCCCCUCAUGUGUCUUACAUUUCCAUCCCAUGGCCGUCUCUAGGUGAUUUAGCGCCGCCAGUCUCGAGCAGGUAUCCAACAUGGCGAUCACGGGGAGCGGAUCUCUCGCUAUUUCUUUCUCGCUUUUCGUGAUUUCAGCGUUUCUUCCAAAAGGAGCUGCUGAAAUCGUGACAGUCGACUCUCAGAACCUGGCGGCGGACAACAUGUCCGUGAUCGAGGGGGAAAUGGUCACCAUCAGCUGUAGAGUGAAGAACAACGACGACUCCGUCAUCCAGCUGCUGAACCCAAACAGACAGACCAUCUACUUCAGAGACGUCAGACCUCUCAAGGACAGCCGGUUCCAGCUGGUGAAUUUCUCUGACAACGAACUCCGGGUGUCUCUGUCCAAUGUGUCGCUCUCCGAUGAGGGCCGCUAUGUGUGCCAGCUCUACACAGAUCCUCCWCAAGAAGCCUACGCAGACGUCACUGUCCUGGUCCCGCCAGCCAGCCCAGUCAUCGAGAGCCGGGAGGAUGUGGUCAGCGAGGGGAACGAGACGGAGCUCACCUGCAUCGCCAUGGGCAGCAAGCCAGCCGCUUCCAUCAGAUGGAUGAAGGGGGAGGAAGAACUGACAGGUGAGACAACAGUAGAGGAGAUGUAUGACAGGAUGUUUACUGUCACCAGCCGGGUGAGGUUUUCUGUCACCAAAGAGGAUGAUGGAGUGCCAGUGGACUGCAUCAUUGACCAUCCAGCUGUAAAGGACCUCCUGGCUCAAAGACACUUGGAAGUGCUUUAUAAACCAGAAGUGAAGAUUUUGGUGACAAAUCCCAAAGGUUUAACAAGAGAAGGAGACAAUCUAGAUUUGACGUGUAGCGCUGAAGGAAAACCCCAUCCCCAUCAGAUCAAUUGGCUGAGAGUAGAGGAGGACGUGCCGCCUCACGCUGUGGUCACCGGCUCGGAUCUCUACAUCGCCAACCUGAACAAGUCAUAUAACGGCACCUAUCGCUGCGUGGCCUCGAACGUAGUGGGAGAAGCCUACGAUGACUACAUCCUCUAUGUUCAUGAUGCUCCCACUACUACCCCCACACCCACCACCAACCCAGUCAGCACGCAAGACUCCAGAGCUGGAGAGGGGGCACCUCAGAAAAUUGAUCACGCUGUGAUUGGAGGAGUGGUCGCCGUCGUGAUGUUUGCAAUCCUCUGUGCGCUCAUUGUACUUGGUCGAUACUUCGCCAGACACAAAGGAACCUACUUCACACACGAAGCCAAAGGAGCGGACGAUGCAGCCGAUGCAGACACGGCGAUCAUCAACGCAGAAGGAGGACACACCAACACAGAUGAGAAGAAGGAGUACUAUAUCUAACCUGGAGAGAUGGGAGGGGAUGGUGCUUUGGGAGCAUUGAGUCCAACUCUGAUUGGUAAUGAGACAGCUUGGGUUAGAGGAAAAAGGGGAAAGGAAAGCAGUGAAAAAUAGGACUGGCAUGGCCACGUGGUAAGAGGACGCGUUGCUUAGUCUCCUAUCCGACCCUUCCUGGACUGCCGGGUCCUAUUCUGUACAGUUUAAUUAUUUUACAGAAAAKUUUGUGCCUUGUUCUAUUUCUUUUGUUGGUUUUGUUGCUUUCCUUUCACAUGCUUGUUGUAUUGAAUUUUUCUCCAUGUUCUCUACUUGAUCUUUUGUUGCUUUUGGCCUUUUUUUGGAGGAAAAAAAAGGAAAGAAAAAAAAAGAAGGGGUCUGGUAAUUGUCUAUGUGUGCUGCAGCUAUAGCUUUUAGCUCAUGUAAUGAAAUCGUAGAAGCCAGUUCACUUGCAACUACAUUGUUUUAUUUUUCCUUUUCUGAGUAAUCUCCAGAGUUUAGUAAAAAAAAAAAAAAGAAACACCGAGUCAACUCAUUUCUCCCCGCUGGGUCAAAGUCCUGCGGUGCCUGCAAGUUCAUCACAUUAAAAUGCAGGUCUGAUUGUUUUUAGACGAAUCCCUGCACAGAUUACACACAGCCCCUUCAACGUCGGGUUCACUGUUGAUUGCUUAUGUAACAGUUUUGAGUAAUAAAGCUUGUCUUAGAAUGUAUUUGCUCUUAAAAGUGAAGCAGGAGUCAUGUUAUAUAUGCUUUAACAACAGGCUGCAAGCUGCAACCGACCCUUUAGUGAUUUCAAGUCCUGACAUUUACAGCCCGAGUUCCGCUGAGACUGGGUUUAUGAAACUUCCUCCAAGCUGCUUUAAAUCAGGCCAGCAGCAUUUCAAAAUCAGAAUCGUUUUUUUUUAUUUUUGUUAUUAUUUUAUUAUUUUUUUUGGUCUGAAUGUACAAGUCAAACUCAGCUGGCAAAAUCAUGUAUUUCUAUAAUAUUUAAUGAUAAAGUUAUUCAGGUCCUCCUCUAAAUAUUCAUUCCCAUGUGCUGUCUUUAUAAAGAGGAUGCUUGGUGUCAUAAAACAUGUUUGUUUUUAUCUGAUGCACUAUAURACGUCUAACCUGAUACCACUAGUUAUGCUAAUGUACUGAUUGGAGAACCAAUCAGAAGUCUGAAUAGGCUGUUUUAUUUUGAAAAGCUGAUUCUUUGUUUUCUUCCUCUUCCCAAGUAUUUUUCUUCAUUGUUCACUUUGCUGUGGCAUUUACAACAAACUUUAGUUUUAGUUUAGUGGAGAGUAGUUAUUAGGUUACAUUACAGCACAUUUGGUGAAAUAAUAGAUAUUACUUAAAUGUCUGAUCGAAGGCUGCAGUGCACCUGAUCYAUCAUUUGUGGGUCAGGAGACGUGAGGUUUAGAACAGUUCACACCAUUACACACAAAAUAAUGUAUCAUAAUAUGGAGAUAAUGUGUCUACAGAGCAAAUCUGAGAGGUUUUAUUGUUGAAUAUUUAAUAAAUCAUUUAUAGAAAAAGUAGUUUGACACUUUGAAAAUCAUGUUUUUGCUUCUUUUAUGUAGAGACUGAUACUGCAGGAAUUAUUGGUAUCAAUCUCUGCUUUAUUGUCUUUGUAAAAUGACACAUUUCUAACCAGCAGCUACACUUAGCUUUGCAUUGAAGUUGUACUUUCAGAUUUGGGAUGUGAGGUUCUGUGGAAAGUUUAUUAACAAUCAAUAUCUAACCUGUUGUAGAUUUUUGAACAUCAAUUUGGAGAAACAAUGAUUAGUUCUAAUUAGUUUAAUGAGCUACUGAUUAGUCCGAGUGAGGCCAAGACUAAAGAACGGUGCUAUCAUCUUUAUUUCAAUCUUGAAUUGCGGCUCAGACUAUUUUAUAACUUUCACACCACCAUCACUUUCUCAGUAAUUUCAGCUGAAUUAUUUUGUUUUUGUCUUUCUGUGUUAAAUGAACAUGUAAUUAUGGUGAUGAUAAGGUUUUAAAGUAGUUAUCCUAUGAAUGGCCAUGAAGUGUUUGUGAAUAAAGCUGUUUUAAAACAGCAGAAACACACAUUAGUCUUGACGCUGCUCUUACUAGCUGUUAGCUUUUUUUAAAACUGAGGUUUUCCAAGAGCUAUCUGCUACAGGAAAUAUAUUAUUUAGUUGUAAUUGGUCCAUAUAACCUCACUUCAAAUUAUCUGAAUCAUCACUUUGCCAGUGAAAUGGAGCCUCAUCUAAAUUGAACUUUAAUGGUGCGUCGAUWGUUAUAUUUUAACAAAACCAGUCUUGCUGUUGCCUCUAGAUUCUUGCUACUAAACACACUYAGUCUGUUUACUGAAGUACUGAUAGCAGAGUCAGGUUUCUCUUUGACCUGUGUCUGUGACGCCAAAAAAAAAAAGCCCACAGCUUGUUCACUGACCAUGAACAUCCCAAUUUUCACAUUUUCAUUCAACCCAGAUGGUCAACCUUGGACCAAAUAUACUGAGUAUAAAGUGUGUAUAUAGAGUAAAUAUUUGUACACAGCAAAGUUUGAAAGUCCACUCCAUAGACACUACAUCUAUAAUAAUUGCUUUUUUAUCUGGUGGUAGAGCAUAAUGAUCAGUUAGCUAUCAGAAACCUGGUUUGACUUGUUUUCCAAGCUUUUAACUUGAUAUUUAAUAGUGAUAUGUCAAAAAGAAGAAAAUUAUUUAAACUUUUGUUUAGUUUAUUGAUGUAGAAAGUUUCAGUUGCAAAUUGGCUUAGAAAUUCUUGCCAGUCUCUAAUUUUGGCCUUCACUCGUAUUAAAGAAAAAUAACGUAUAAAACUUGGAAUUGGAAAUCAUUUGAGUUCUUUGAAGUUUCUGUCAGUUUUUUUGCCAUCUGUCCAAAUUUUUCAUCUAUAAGCUGCCUUUGAUUUUUUUUUUCUUUGUAAGACCAGAAGAGAGAUUCAAAAAAACAUAAUUAUGGAUAUUUUAAAAGUUUCAGCUUAAGAAAAUACCUUAGGUGGCAGCAUCAAACCUUCACUAAAUUGCUCUUAAGUGUUCAAAAGAACAUUGCAUUCACCAAAGAAAAAAAAUAGACUCCUGAUUUUGUAAUUACAAGACCUAGAUCUCAUAAUUUAGAGAUUAGAUGUCAUAAUGACAAGAAAGAAGUGAAAAGAAGUACUCCCUGAUGAUGUAGGAUGUUGAGCUGGUACCAGUUGUAACAAAAGGAACUAUUGUUUUGAGUUUAUAUUCCACCCGGACGUGUUAGUGUGUGAUACCAAAGUGUAUAGACCAAGCUAGUUUACCCACCAGAGUUUAAUAAAGUUAUGAGCCACAGGGUUGAAACAGGACCAAGUGUGAGCUCUGUGUGUACGUACAGGAUGUACUAUAACACCGGACAGUUCUGUGGAACACCACCAAGCCAGCCUGGGUGCAUUUCAGAUGUGUUAGAUUAGCUACUUAUGACCAGGAAGCAUUCCAUACUGGUUUAGUUGCUCCUGCAGGAAGAGAGCGACUUCCAGCAGGUCAGAGUGGGCUUUUCACCUGAACAACCCUAAAGAUGCUUGUGCACGGUUGACAUGCUAAUAUUAACUUUUCUCAUAAUUACGAGAUCUGGAUCUUGUAAUUGUGACAUCUUUUCUCAUAAUUACGAGAGCUGGAAUCUACUUUUUUGAGUGCAAUGUUCUUUCAUAUCAGUGCAAAAAUAUAUAUUUUUUCUUUUUUCUCUUUAUAUUAUUUAUUUAUUUUAUUUUAUUGUACUAUUUUCUUUAACCCCACCAACCCAACUCAUCAGUGUGAACUUUGACUCACAGCUAAGCUUGUUUGAUAAUUUACAAGCAAGUUCAUUAAUGCCUGAAUAAAUAAAAUGUUUAAAGGAUUAAAAAAAAGAUUUGGACUAGCAGAUAGAAACAGGAUAACCACUGCCUUAAAAUGGACCUCUUGAUACGCAUCAUUAAAAAAAACAGUGAAGGACUUAGAGUAGUGCCUUCUUCUUCUGAUAUUGAGGCAUAUGAUUAGAAUCAUACAGUAUCCUCAUGUACUCUGCAGUAUAUCUUGUACAUAUAUUUGUUCUUUCAGGCCAAUAAUCAGCCGAGUUGUAUGUAUUCAUGCACCAUAGAUGUACAUCUUCUGCAAAUAAUACAACUGAAAUUAGUUCAGUAUUAAAAAAAACUACUUUUUUUAUUUUCUUUUUUAUUCGGGGUGGUGAAUGAUAUUUGCCAGGGUGAAUUUAUGAUGAAAAAAAAUCCAUUUGGCCAGAAAUAUUUUGUCAGCUUCACUGCAUUUGUUAUUUAUUUGGAUAUUUYCAGGGUCAGGGUUGAAUGGUUUUGAAGAGGAAUACAAUCCUAAAGGUUGUAAUAAACUAGAAUAAAGUWUUUUUUUUCCCUUGGAUUGUAAAGUUUUAGCGUCAUGAAAACAUUAAUGUGCAUGACAAAUGUUAUUCUGGGAUUUGAUAUUUACCUUAAAACCUGAUAACUUCACUUUUAAURGUUUAAUCUUAAACGAUUUUUCAAAAUUUUCAAGUUAUGAUUUGUUAAUACAUAAUAUCUAGAAUGUUUUUUUUUUACUCUCUCAGGUUUAUGAGUGUUAAUAGUUGCGGUUUGUUUUGCAUCUCAGGUAGAAUGCAAAUUUGAAGCCCCAAGUACGUAUAUACUAUAGUACCACAGCUAAUGAAAAAGUCAAGAAUUCACAAGAUGUACAUGUUUUUCUUUUCUCUCGGUUGUACAUGUUUCUGUGUUUAAUAUGGUGCACUGUUAACGGUAAAUGUUAAAUAUUAUUUUGCAUAGACCUAGUUAACAAAGAAAACUAGAUUUGUUAAGCAGACGAAAAUGGUGUACAGUCAGUGUUAACGAAAUCACAACGAUGUUCAUGAGAUGACUUCUUCCACUGUAACGUUUUGCUCACUUACGGUAUUGGUUAUUUAGUAAUUAUAGGAUGUGAUCGCAGCCAGUCAACCAAGCAUCUGUUUGCAUUCAGUCCAUUCACGCAUUAACCUUUCACGACUGAAGAUGGUGUAUUUACUGUGACAUGAAGUUUUAUGAAUGAUCUGUAACCUCUUGGAUAUUUGGAUGAACUUUACGCUUCAUUCMUGGGGGGUAGGGGGGGAGGGGCUAUGGGACUGGAGAAGUGAUUGUUUUAUAACCUGGAAAUUGGUUGUUUUUGUUGUUGAAUCUUAAAGAAGAAAAAAAUUCUGUUUUCAGGUGACUUUUUUUCCUUCUUUUGCGUAGUAAAGAACAUGUUUCUCACAUGACCAUGCAUAUUUUGUAUUGGUUGACGCCAACAUUUUUACAAAAGAAAAAAAAAUCAGAAGAGUACUUGUCUUAAUAAAAAAGAUAUCAAUGUUUAAA